AUGGUUAUCUUGGGAGGGCCACAUAUUGCAGGAGAGAAAAAUAAUGCCCAAAAGAGGUACGUGAAGGAAGUGAAGAAUGAGCAAUCUGCCUUUGCCCCAGAACCUUCCAAGAAAGUAAAGACUGAAGAUCCUCCGAUUAUAUUUUUAGAGGAAGAUGAAAAGAACGCGAGGGAAACACUGAAGAAGAUGGGGCUUGAAAAAGCUAAAUUAAGACCUUGCAUGGUAAAUCUUCGCGGAUUUACUGGUGACAACGUCACUAGUCAAGGAAUAAUUGAGCUUCCAUUAACUCUGGGCAAAGCACCAUUAUCCAGCACAAUAAUGCAAGAUUUUUUGGUUGUCGGCCUGCCAUCGACUUACAAUAUACUACUGGGUCGACCAGCAUUAAUCAGACUAGGGGUAGUUAGUUCGAUUAAGCACUUAUCCCUGAAGUUUCAAACACCAGUGGGUGUGGGAGUAGUGCGAGGUGAUCAAAUGCUGGCUCGCAAAUGCUAUCACAUAGAGCUGCAGCACAGGAUAGCUGGUCACCAAUUAAUGGCAGUCUUGACUGAAGAAGGCAAGAAGAAGGAUGAAGAUCUUGAUCCUAGGGUUCAAGAUGAAAGAAAUUUAUGGAAACCAAUUGAGGAGCUGGAAGAGGUUGUUCUGGACCCAGGAAAUCCCAUGAAGUGUGUUUACAUUGGGAAGAACCUAGAUGAGAAAUUGAAAUAG